AGAUAUUUCGGAUAAGUUUAUCUUUUUGUUCCAAUGACAGAACACGCCAUUUCUAAUCAACGUUCAAUAAAUGCUACGUAAACGUUAAAAUUUUGUACAUUUUGAGGUUACACCGAGAUUCACAGUUCGCAGCAAAAUGCCGUCCGAUAAAAAACUAGCAAUUGUUACUGGUAGCAACAAGGGCAUUGGCUAUGCAAUUGUCCAGGGCCUAUGCGAGAAAUUCGACGGUGAUGUGAUGCUCACCUCGCGUGAUGAGGGCCGAGGCAGGGAAGCUGUCGAAAAACUAACUAAAUUGGGUUUCAAGCCAGUUUUUCACAAGUUGGACAUUCUCACCAGGGAUAGUAUUCAGUCUUUGGCCAGGUUCAUCAAGGAAAACUAUGAGGGAAUUGAUAUUUUGGUGAAUAAUGCAGCAAUUGCCUUCAAACAUGAUGCAACUGAGCCAUUUGCUGUCCAAGCUGAGCAAACCCUGGAAACAAAUUACUUUGCCCUUGUGAAAGUUUGCCAAGAAUUAUUCCCCCUGCUGAAAACUAAUGCCAGGGUGGUGAAUAUUUCAAGUUCUUGCGGCCAUUUGUCCAAGAUUCCAUCACCGGAAUUGAAAACAAAAUUCAGCGCAGAUUCUUUAACUGUUGAGCAGCUGAAUGACUUGAUGUCUCAAUUUGUGGAUGCUUCAAAGGAGGGCAAGAAUGAUGAGUUGGGAUGGGGCAAGUCUGCAUACAAUGUCUCCAAAGUCGGUGUGAGUGCACUGAGCCGCGUGCAGCAGCGCAUUUUUGAAAACUCGCAACCAGAGAAGAACAUUGCAGUGAACAGUGUUCAUCCAGGAUACGUUGAUACCGACAUGACCAGCCACAAAGGACCAUUGACCAUUGAAGAGGGAGCUAGUGCACCUUUAUAUUUGGCUAUUGGUAAACACAACCACAAGGGGCAAUAUGUCUGGAGGGAUUCUACUGUUUGGGACUGGAUGGCUGAUGGUACACCUGCUCCUGUAUAAAUUCCGUUAAGUUGAUUUUUGGCUUGUUGAAAAAUAUUUGAUGGACAAAUCAGUGUAUUAAAAGUAUCGAUUAUUACUGUUAUUCAUAUUCCACUACAAUUGUGUUUACUGCACACUUAUUUUUCUGUGCUAAGGCAGUGAAUAAAAAAGAUUAAAAACUUAA